CCGCUUCUCCGGCGCGCGCUCUCCGGGCUGCCUUUGGCCAGCCCCGCCCCCACCCCCGGGAGGCCCAGAGGCGACCCGCGAGCCCAUCAUGAUGGACCUUUUCGAAUCCGGCUCCUACUUCUUCUAUCUGGAUGGCGAGAAUGGAGCCCUGCAGAGCUUGGACAUGGCCGAGGGGUCGCCGCUCUACCCGGGCAGCGACAGCACCUUGUCGCCCUCGUCGUGCCAGGACCAGCUGGCCCCGGAGCCCUGCGGGGGAGGCGGCGGCGGCGGCGGCGGCGACAGCAGCGGCGAGGAGCAGCACGUGUUGGCGCCGCCGGGCUUCCAGGCGCUGCACUGCCCGGGCCAGUGCCUGAUCUGGGCUUGCAAGACGUGCAAGAAGAAAGCGGCGCCCACCGACCGGCGCAAGGCGGCCACGCUGCGCGAGAGGAGGCGCCUCAAGAAGAUCAACGAGGCCUUCGAGGCCCUCAAGAGGCGGACGGUGGCCAACCCCAACCAGCGGCUGCCCAAAGUGGAGAUCCUGCGCAGCGCCAUCAGCUACAUCGAGAGGCUGCAGGAGCUGCUCCAGCGCCUCGACCAGCAGGACAAAGGCCAGGAGCUGCUCCUGCCCGUUGGCGAUGGAAGCGCAGGGGACAACGGCGCUUUCGGCUUCGGCGGCCCCAAGCGCGGAAACAUGGCCACCCCCGACUACUUGAGCACCUGCAGCUCCGCCUGGCCGAGUGCCUCUGACCAUUCCCGGAUACUGCCGAUCAGCGCCAAGGAAGGAGGGACUCCCGUGGAUUCUUCAGCCUCGAGCAGCCUCCGCUGCCUUUCCUCUAUCGUGAACAGUAUCUCUUCCGAAGAUCGCAAAGUACCCAACGGGGAAGAAGUGGUGGAAAAAUAGUGGCCCGGUAGCGUUUUUUGAAAACGGGCAGUGGAAGGAACUGCUUGAGUUCGCACUUUGAAGCGAAACCUUGAAUUAAUUUAAUCUUCUGGAAAUUCUAACGGGGAGAAGAAGGCAGCGCAGCGGAAUAAAUUAAUGUGCACCUUCUUCAGAGGAAACUUUGCUCAUCCGAUAAAGCGGGAGUCUCCAACCUUGGCAACUUUUAAGCCUGGUGGACUUCGACUCCCAGAAUUCCCCAGCCAACUUUGCUUCUGGGGUUUCAAUUCUGGGAGUUGAAAUCUGCCAGGCUUAAAGUUGCCAGGGUUGGAGACCCCUGCGAUAAAGGGAACUGGCCCUCUCUGAUUUAAAUUCUAUUUUUUAUUUAUCUCUCAACUGUUUUAUAAUUAAUAUAUUAUUUUGUGUUUGGAGAACAACUUCGUUGAAACGCUCGUUCCUGUUUGAAGGACCCUUAGGAUCCCGAGAUCUUGGUUUGUGUGGAUGUGGAUGUGAGUGUGUACAUGUGUGUGCGUGUGUUAUAAAAUUACAAAAGUAUAUAAUUUUAGCACUUCCCCUUUUUUUAACAGAAUAUCUAUUUAAAUUGUGGGAUGUGAUCUUGUAUAUAAGAAAAUGUAGGUAACAUUCCCAAAGCUGUAAAAUAAAUCUCUUUGUGUACAAAACUCUGACGAGAAUAUUUUCAUCUUUCUGUGGGAUUCAGUUAAAAACUGGAAGAAAAAGAAUAAAUAAACGAAAAUCUGGAAAUUCCU